GGUCCCCGCCCCGUCCGGCGUGCAGGGCUCUGGGUGUGGUCGCCGUCUUGUGUGGCGGAGCGUAGUAGCGGUUCGCGCCCCGCAGCCGAGCGCCCAGCAGUAGCGCGGUGGUGGCGGCCGGGCUCGAGCUCUUUGCUUGAGACUCCUGAGCGAAACUGCCACGCAGGAUGAGUGAGCUGGAGCAGCUGAGGCAGGAGGCCGAGCAGCUUCGGAAUCAGAUCCAGGAUGCUCGGAAGGCCUGCAACGAUGCCACGCUGGUUCAGAUCACAUCUAAUAUGGACUCGGUGGGCCGAAUACAGAUGCGAACCCGGCGCACGCUGCGCGGCCACCUCGCUAAGAUCUACGCCAUGCACUGGGGGUACGAUUCCAGGUUACUAGUCAGUGCUUCGCAGGACGGAAAGUUAAUCAUCUGGGAUAGCUAUACGACAAAUAAGAUGCACGCCAUCCCGCUGCGGUCCUCCUGGGUGAUGACCUGUGCCUAUGCCCCGUCUGGGAACUACGUGGCCUGUGGAGGCUUGGACAACAUCUGCUCCAUAUACAACCUGAAGACCCGCGAGGGGAAUGUGCGGGUGAGCCGAGAACUGCCAGGGCACACAGGCUACUUGUCCUGCUGCCGAUUCUUAGAUGAUGGACAGAUCAUUACAAGUUCAGGAGACACGACUUGUGCUUUGUGGGACAUCGAGACCGGACAGCAGACUACAACCUUCACGGGACACUCGGGUGACGUGAUGAGCCUCUCACUGAGUCCUGACUUGAAGACCUUUGUGUCUGGUGCUUGUGAUGCAUCUUCAAAGCUGUGGGAUAUCCGAGACGGAAUGUGUAGACAGUCUUUCACAGGACACAUCUCAGACAUCAAUGCUGUCAGUUUCUUCCCGAGUGGAUAUGCCUUUGCCACUGGUUCUGAUGAUGCCACCUGCCGACUCUUUGACCUCCGUGCAGACCAGGAGCUCCUGCUCUACUCUCAUGACAAUAUCAUCUGUGGCAUCACUUCUGUGGCCUUCUCAAAGAGUGGGCGCCUCCUGCUAGCUGGCUAUGACGACUUCAACUGCAGUGUAUGGGACGCUCUGAAAGGAGGCCGGGCAGGUGUCCUUGCUGGUCAUGACAACCGUGUUAGCUGCUUAGGUGUGACUGACGACGGCAUGGCUGUGGCCACAGGCUCCUGGGACAGUUUUCUUAGAAUCUGGAAUUGAGUGCCAUAUUUUCUGUUCUCCAAUGAUAUCUGGAGAAAUCCAUGCUACAGCCUAUAGCUGUGAGGAAAAAAAAAAAAAAACCUGUACCUUCUAUUUGCAGAUGAAGUUUUUCUAUUGAGGUGACUAUAUAUAAAAAGCAGCAUUCAGUAAACUAUAGUUUAUUGAAACUGUUUUAACAAAAAAUGGCGGUCAAAGAAACAAUCAAGACUAAGAUCCCUUGCUGCCAUCAAAGGCCAGGGUAUUCAUUGAACAGUUGUGUGUUGACUUUAACCCGACAGAUUCUUGCUUGUGCUAAUUGUUUCUCUGUGAUUAGAGUGCACACUUUAUAGCAGACAACUGUUUGUGUUUGCAUUUUGUUAAGGACUACCAUUGAACUUUGUAUAUAUAUAUAAGAAGUGUCACAUUUUUAAAGUGCUGUCACGGAAGAAGCAGGACCUGUGAUAGAAGUGAUGCUGCAGAUACAUGUGCUGUCUGAAGGAAGUCCCCUUGGACUCUGACAUCACAUUUUAACCUGAGAGUCCCCGACUGCUUCUUGAUUGGGAGGGCUGAUAGGUGAGGCGGUUCUGGGGGACGCCGUGGCUGUUCAUGCAUUCCUUGCCACUCUAGGAAUUUCAGCGAGUGCUCAUUUUCUGUCCUUUGAGGGGACAGGUGAGAUGAAGGUAAAAGUUUCACUUUGACAUAGGGUACAUGCUGAAGAAAUGUCAUUACAAUUUAUUACAUGAGAAACUAGUAGACACUGGCAUGUAGUUUUUGGUAUUUUAAGAGGCUCAGCCAUUUGAACCAUUGGACUUUGCUGUUCAUUUUUGCUUUCUGAAACGAAGUUUGUAGAAAGUAUUAGUAUUUGAGAAGUCUGGCAAAAACCUGACUUGCUCCUGCAUCUGAAGACUCUUGCCUGGUGUUCUCUGUAAUAGGAGGAAACAGUGUCUCACCUUUAAACUCAUCUACUCAGCU